UCAUUUCCCUUUCUUCUUUCCUUCCCUUCUCUCUUUCCUCCUCCUCCUUUCCCUUCCCUUCUUCCUUCCCCCUUUCCGCCCAUGCGGCUCCCCUGAUCCGGCUCCGCGAUGCUGCUCCUGUUGCAGGUUCGUGGCGCGUGGGCUUCCCCGCGGGCCCGCGUGGGCUUCUCCUCCCUCCUACGCGGGGGCUUCCCCAGCGCCCGGCUCGGGGUCCCCCCGACGGCUAAGCGCCUCUGGAGCCCCGCCGGCCGGCCGGCGCAAGAGCCCUUCCCGCUGGACGGCUUCGUUAACCGGGACGUGGAGCUCUUCCGCCACGAGCGACCGCGCUUUUUCCGCAACGUGGGGCUCUUUUGCAUCAGCCAGUUCGCCUGCUGGCUCUACCUGGCCGACCUCGCCUUUACGACCUUGCGGGAAGCGCCGCCCGGCCCGGAGAAACCGGGCUCCGAGAGCCCCGAGGGGGCGUCCCAGCCGGCCCGACCCUGGCUGGGCAACCUCUUCAAUCUGACCUCGGGCAAUCACGGAUCCGCUAAGUGGCGCUACGGAUUCUCCGCCACCUGCGUGGCCGUCGGUACGUUGAUCUUUGUGGCGGGCUUCGUCUUCGCCCGGCGGUCGGUCAGCCGGGUCCUCCUUCUCCGUGGCAGUCAGGAGGUGACUUUUACGACCUAUUACCUCUUCGGCUACACGUCGUCCUUCACGGUGCCCCUCCGCCACAUCUCUUGCAUGUCUCACCGUUCGGAAGUGGCCGCCAUCAUCCCAGUCAAGAUCAAAGGGAAGCCUUUUUACUUCUUGCUGGACAAGCAGGGAUCCAUCGCCAGCAGCCCCCUGUUUGACAUCACCGUGGGGGCCUAUCGCGAAUGGUGAGGUCCAUACCCAGGAGCCACGGGGCCACGACAUGUCCGGAGGCUGCUGGAAGCGAGAAGAGGGAAAAUGCAGACAUUCAAAUCCAGAAUUCACCGCUUCUUCCCGGUGGGAACUUUUGAAUGAUAACCCUCAACCUCCUGCUUUAAAUUAAAUUUAAAUUUAAAACAAGAAAGACCUUAAACAGAAGAUGAAGCGAAGACCACCCGGAGGGCCAGCAGGAGGCUCUUUUACUCGAGUUGUACUCACGCCCGGGUGUUAAAAAUACAGAAAGCCUCUGGUUUCAAAUGCGUGUCGUCUCGUACCCCAGGAUGUUUGGGACACAUAAUGUGAAUUUAAAGAUGAAUAUCUAUACAUUUGGCCCAGCGAUGCUAAUGCCUUGUGUGUGCACCAAGGGUGGUGAGCACUCAUAUAUGAACUGAAAUGUGAAUUAAUGUAUCAAUAUCUUAUCAAUUUGGCCCAGCAAUGCCGAUAUUGGGUGUAAAAAAAUAUAGAAAGCAUCUUUUUUCCUCCAAA